UGGUGACGUUUCAACAAUCGACUCGCUCUCUGAAGUCUCCGGGCUGAGGCCUAUGGACUUUUUGUUGUUGUAAAAAAUUCCAAUCGAAACAUUUUCCCGUUUUGAGCGGAGUCUGGACCUUAUGAGGCAUUUUUGCUGGGAGUAGACUGCCGAAGACACACACAAUAGUUGGAAAAGCCAGCGCGAGGAAACAAGGUUUGAAAAAAUGACAUCUCGGAGGUGGUUCCACCCCAAUAUCACAGGGGUGGAGGCUGAGAACCUGCUGUUAACCCGGGGGGUGGACGGGAGCUUCCUGGCCCGACCCAGCAAGAGCAACCCUGGAGACUUCACCCUCUCUGUCAGACGUAACGGAGCGGUCACCCACAUUAAGAUCCAGAACACAGGUGAUUACUAUGACCUGUACGGGGGGGAGAAGUUUGCCACUCUGGCUGAGCUGGUUCAGUACUACAUGGAGCACCACGGCCAACUCAAGGAGAAGAAUGGAGACGUCAUCGAGCUCAAAUACCCCCUCAACUGUGCUGACCCCACCUCUGAGAGGUGGUUCCAUGGUCACCUGUCAGGCCGGGAGGCUGAGAAGCUGCUGACAGAGAAGGGAAAGAAUGGUAGUUUCCUGGUCAGAGAGAGCCAGAGCCACCCUGGAGACUUCGUUCUGUCUGUCCGCACCGGCGACGACAAGACGGACAGCAGCGACAACAAGCCCAAGGUGACACAUGUCAUGAUCCGCUGCCAGCAUGACCUAAAGUAUGACGUUGGUGGAGGAGAGAAGUUUGACUCUCUGACAGACCUGGUGGAGCACUAUAAGAAGAACCCCAUGGUGGAGACACUGGGCACGGUGCUGCAACUCAAACAGCCCCUGAACACCACGCGUAUCAAUGCAGCAGAGAUAGAGAGCAGAGUGAGAGAGCUCAGUAAACUGGCCGAGGCCACGGACAAGGUCAAACAGGGCUUCUGGGAAGAGUUUGAGACGUUGCAGCAGCAGGAGUGUAAGCUUCUCUACAGCCGUAAGGAGGGGCAGAGAGCUGAAAACAAGAACAAGAACCGAUACAAGAACAUCCUGCCCUUUGAUCACACUCGUGUGGUGCUGAAUGAUGGGGAUGGAUCUGAGGCUGGCUCGGACUAUAUUAACGCCAAUCUCAUCAUGGUAGUAACUGACAUCAUGCCGGAGUUGGAGUGGAAGUGUAACAGCACCAAGCUGAAGAAGUCCUACAUCGCCACGCAGGGCUGUCUACAGAACACCAUCAGUGACUUCUGGAGGAUGGUCUUCCAGGAGAACUCCCGGGUCAUCGUCAUGACUACCAAGGAGGUGGAGAGGGGAAAGAGUAAGUGUGUGAAGUACUGGCCAGACAUGUCAUCUCUGAAGGAGUAUGGAAUCAUGCGUGUCCGCAACGUCAAAGAGACGUCUGCUCACGACUACAUCCUACGAGAACUCAAACUGUCCAAGGUUGGACAGGGUAACACAGAGCGGACAGUGUGGCAGUACCAUUUCAGAGCGUGGCCGGACCAUGGUGUCCCUACAGACCCCGGGGGUGUUCUGGACUUCCUAGAGGAGGUCAACCUCAAACAGGAGAGCAUUCUAGAGGCUGGGCCCAUAGUGGUGCACUGCAGUGCUGGUAUUGGACGGACAGGAACGUUCAUAGUGAUUGACAUCCUCAUUGACGUCAUCAGGGAAAAAGGAGUGGACUGUGACACAGACGUUCCUAGUCUAACCUCUUCUCUCUGUAGGUGUGAACUGUGACACAGACGUUCCUAGUCUAACCUCUUCUCUCUGUAGGAGUGGACUGUGACACAGACGUUCCUAGUCUAACCUCUUCUCUCUGUAGGAGUGGACUGUGACACAGACGUUCCUAGUCUAACCUCUUCUCUCUGUAGGAGUGGACUGUGACACAGACGUUCCUAGUCUAACCUCUUCUCUCUGUAGGAGUGGACUGUGACACAGACGUUCCUAGUCUAACCUCUUCUGUCUCUGUAGGAGUGGACUGUGACACAGACGUUCCUAGUCUAACCUCUUCUGUC